AUGUCGCUCACGGACGCCGGCGCAUUGAUGGAGGGCCUACUGCGACGACUACUGAACAUCGAUAACGGAGCUACAGAUAUGGUUACUCUUUUUAUGUGCCAUGGCGUGCAGAUUCAGGCGGGGACUUUUCAAGAGUUGUUGGACGUGUUACAAUCAACAGAUUUCUGCAGCGACAAGCUUCGCGUGCUGCGUCGCCAUCCCAAAAUCCUUAAGGUGUUGCAUCUAGUGCACUCGCAAUACUGCAAUAUUUCAGAAGCGAAACGAGGAACUCUUGUAAAACAUUUUAUGCGACGUGUACCGAGUGAGGCGAUAGGUCUGGUCCAUCGCAUGCCACAGCAGGAUCUCGCUCUCACAGCUCGAGAUCAAGUUUUGCCGUAUAAAUAUGUAAUCGUUUCUGAGAGUCGACCCCGUGCUUCCUGUCCGUACCUUGGUUCAGAUAGAAGAAUCUAUACGAAUGACAGCAACAGACUCGUCGAAUGGCCUAAUGAGCUCGGAAUCAUCUUUGGAGGUCAAGGACUACCACGUCAUGGUCAUCACGUCCAAGGUCACCCCGUCCAAAACUGUCACAUCCGACACUAUCACGUCCGAGACGACCCAUCCGAGGCUACCACAUCAAUGAUGUGGACGCCAUUUUCUAACUGCGUGUUUAAUGAAACCGGGGUGGAGACGACAUGGGUCCUCAAUAUCAUGGCCAUCAACCCACGGGAAGGCUUCGUGGACUCAACCCACGACAGGGCUGCCGAUUCUGACACUGUACAAGGUGGAGGCUUGAUGGGCGGAAUGCCUCAGUAUGCCAUAGUCACCGCUGACCCUAAGAGCCAACCGCUGGCAAGAGAUAGAUUAGUUGCCAUAGCUGAGCCUAAUACCCUACGCUUAUGA